ACAAAAAGAAAUCAAUUUGAUGCUAAUACAUUUAUUUAAAUUGAGGAACUUUAUAAGAGUAGUAGCUAUAUAUGCAUAGACAUUGCAGGCAAGAAGCUGAUCACAGUAAAAUUUGAAAGCAUAUAUAUGCAUUUUAAUUGUGAAAAAUGAUGAUUAGAUUGUGAUAUUAUUGAAGUUGGUAAGUGAAGAUGGGUGAUGAACAACGUACAUCAAUCUCAGGCAAAGUUCCGUACCGCAAACUAUUCUCCUUGGCAGAUGGAGCUGAUCAAGCGCUGAUGCUCGUUGGCGCCAUCACAGCCGUUGGAAGCGGCCUCUCUAUGCCUCUCAUGACUCUCAUUUUCGGAGACCUGGCCAACGCUUUUGCUCACAACGUCGAAACCAAAACAGCUGCCCAACAAGUAGCCAAGUUGUCUCUCAAGUACGUGUAUCUCGCGGUGGGGUCUGGCGUUGCAACAUUUUCGCAGGUGUCGUGCUGGAUGAUCACGGGGGAAAGGCAGGCUGCACGCAUCAGAAACUUGUACCUGAGGGCUGUGCUGAGGCAAGACGUUGGAUACUUUGACACAGAGGUGAAAACCGGAGAGAUUAUGGAGAGGAUCUCAAAUGACUCUCUCAUCAUUCAAGAUGCUAUGAGUGAGAAGGUGGGAAAGUUUAUACAGCUCUCGACAUCAUUUUUGGGAGGGAUUGUGAUAGCUUUCAUCAAGGGAUGGCUCCUUGCUUCAAUCUUGCUCUCUGUUAUCCCUCUCUUGAUUAUAUCUGCAGCUCUGAUGACUUUCCUUAUAUCGAAGCUGACUGCAAGAGGCCAAUUUGCUUACUCAAAAGCAGCUGUUGUGGUUGAACAAACAAUCACCUCAAUCAGAGAUGUGGCGUCCUUCACGGGGGAGAGGCGGGCUGUUGCUAGAUACGACAAGUCCCUGCACGGAGCAUACGAGGCAGGCGUGCAGAUAGGGCUGGCUGCAGGGGUGGGUUCGGGUAUAUUCAUGUUGCUUCUCUUCUGCAGCUAUGCUUUAGCAAUAUGGUUUGGGGCCAUUAUGAUUGUCGAGAAAGGUUACACCGGUGGCGACGUCUUGAACGUCACACUGGCAAUUGUGAUGGGAUCUUUCUCUGUAGGGCUGGUGACUCCAUGCUUGAGCGCGUUCGCUGCUGGACAAACUGCCUCUUUCAAGUUGUUUGAGACGAUGCAGAGAGAGCCAACAAUCGAUCCUUACAACACGAAUGGCCUAAUGUUGAAUGACAUGAAUGGGGAUGUGGAGCUGAGGGAUGUGCAUUUUAGCUAUCCAUCUAGGCCUAAUGAGAGAGUGCUGGCUGGAUUCUCUCUCGAGGUACCAUGUGGGACGACGUUGGCUCUCGUUGGAGAGAGUGGGAGUGGGAAAUCAACUGUGAUCAAUCUUGUGGAGAGGUUCUAUGAUCCACAACUUGGUGAAGUCUUGAUUGAUGGCAUCAACAUAAAAGAAUUUCAAGUCAAGUGGUUGAGAGGGAAAAUAGGCCUAGUGAGCCAGGAGCCUGUGUUGUUUGCUUUGAGCAUCAAAGAAAACAUUUCUUAUGGGAAAAGUGAUGCAACUCUCACCCAAAUCAGAAUGGCUGCACAAGCUGCCAAUGCUGCUAACUUCAUAGAUAAACUGCCACAGGGGCUCGACACCGUGGUUGGUGGCAACGGAACUCAGCUGUCGGGAGGCCAGAAGCAAAGGAUAGCUCUAGCUAGAGCGAUUCUGAAAGACGCCAAGAUUCUGCUUCUAGAUGAAGCCACAAGUGCCCUCGAUGCAGAGUCUGAGAGGGUGGUGCAGGAGGCGCUUGAUCGCGUCUUGAUCAACAGAACCACGCUUGUUGUAGCGCAUCGCUUGAGCACAGUCAAGAAUGCUGAUUCCAUUGCUGUCAUUCAUCAAGGGAAGAUUGUAGAAAAAGGUUCACAUUCUGAGCUGCUGCAAACUGUUGAAGGAGUAUACAACCACCUUGUGAAACUACAAGAAACAGCCAGCAAAGAUUCAACAACAACACAAAACAGCAUGUCAGCACACGCAGUCGGAAAAAAAACAGCUGAAACUCCACCACCUUCAUCAUCACUACCUAAGUUGGAAAAUAGAGCACUACUUGUUCACCUCAGCAAACCAGAACUUCCACAACUAGUUCUCGGCUCACUAUGCGCAGCAGUGAAUGGAGCAACCCUACCACUAUACGGGCUCCUCUUCUCAGGCGCGAUCAAGUCCCUCUACGAGCCACCACACGAGCUGCAGAAGCAGUCCAGAUUCUGGGCAAUCAUGUUGGUAACUCUUGGCUUGGCAUCCCUCAUAACCACCCCACUCAAGUCCUACUUGUUUGCGGUGGCAGGGUGCAAGCUGAUAAGGCGAGUUCGCCUCAUGUGCUUCCACAAACUAGUCCACAUGGAUAUAGGCUGGUUCGAGAGGCCUCAAAACUCUAGCAGCAAGCUCGGAUCACGCCUCUCAGCAGAUGCCGCUUCCCUCAGAAGCCUAGUCGGGGACGCACUUGCUCUGCUUGUGCACAACACCUCAACUGCCAUCGCCGGAUUCAUCAUUGCCUUCGGAGCCAGCUGGGAGCUCUCCCUCUUAGUCCUGCCCAUGCUGCCUCUCAUUGGACUCAACGGAUACCUUCAUAUGAAAUUCGUCAGUGGAUUUGCUGCCGAUACAAAGAAAUUAUACGAGGAAGCAACUCAAGUGGCGAGUGAAGCAGUGGGAAGCAUUAGAACAGUGGCUUCCUUGUGUGGUGAAGAUAAGGUGGCAGAGCUAUACCGCGAGAAAUGUCGAGUGCCGGUGAGAUUAGGCAGCAAACAAGGGGUCGUGAGCGGAGCUAGCUUCGGUUUGUCCCUUUUCCUUCUAUAUUCAGUGUAUGCAGCUAGUUACUACGCUGGCGCUCGCCUCGUUGAUUCUGGCAAGAUAAACUUUGGAGACGUUUUUCGCGUAUUCCUUGGGCUGAGCAUGACAGCGACUGCCAUCUCACAGUCGAGCGCCCUUGCACCAGACUCGGGCAAGGCUAAGGCCGGCGCCGCCUCCAUUUUCGCGCUUCUUCAUCAGAAUCCAGACAUAGACUCUUGUAGCAACUCGGGUACGAGAUUAGAGAGCAUCAAGGGAGAUAUCGUUUUCCACAAUGUUACUUUUGCAUAUCCUACUAGACCCGGUGUCGAGAUCUUCAAAGAUUUGUGCUUCGCUAUUCAUUCGGGCAAGACGGUUGCUGUGGUGGGAGAGAGCGGCAGCGGGAAAUCAACGAUCAUCUCGUUGCUGCAGAGGUUUUACGACCCGAAUUCAGGCGUGAUAACGAUAGACGGCGUAGGAAUCCGCGAGCUGAACUUGAAAUGGCUGAGGCAGCAAAUGGGAGUGGUGAGUCAGGAGCCGGCAUUGUUCAACGACACGAUCCGCGCCAACAUUGCGUACGGGAAGGGAGGCGAGGCGACGGAGGCGGAGAUCGUGGCAGCCGCACGCCUCUCAAACGCGCACGCGUUCAUCAGCGGCAUGGACGAGGGAUACGAGACGAAUGUUGGUGAGAGGGGGAUCCAGUUAUCCGGUGGGCAGAAGCAGCGAGUGGCAAUAGCGAGAGCUAUAGUGAAGGCUCCGAGGAUACUGCUCCUGGAUGAGGCCACCAGUGCUCUCGAUGCAGAGUCCGAGAGGGCCGUGCAGGGGGCAUUCAUGGCGGGCACCACCACGCUAGUGGUGGCGCAUCGGCUCUCCACCAUCAAGAAUGCGGAUCUCAUCCUUGUUUUGAGAGACGGAGUUGUUGUGGAGAAAGGCAAUCAUCAGAGUUUGAUCAAUGAUAACAAACAUGGUGUCUAUGCCUCUUUACUCGCUCUGCACUCUGCUUCUUAAAUCAACUUGUAAUUUCUCUUUAACUUCACGUGAGUGUUAUUUUUGACAAAAAAAAAACAAUUAAUUAAUUAUAAUUUCUAA